ACCAGCGCGAAUCCGUACGAGACAGAUCCGGACAAGAUUCCAGAAGGCGAUCCUUACCUAGCUCGAAGCCCUCAUUAUGGCCGCUACCACCCGCGACCUGACGACUUUACGCCCCAAUACAAUCACUGGUACCAAUCCGAGCCUGAAAGCACAGAAUACUGGAAGGACGUUGUGCGGAAAUACUGUACACCGGAGAAUUCUAUACAGACGGUCGGGGAUAGGGAAGUCUUUAUUGCCGGCACAGUCGUCAUCCGAGUGGACAAGGAAGAUGCGAGUGGCGCAGCAGAGUCGCGGUAUUCUUGCUUGAACGCAAACGAACUAGGAGCUGCUAGAAAGGCCCGAGAGGCCCUCAGAGACUUAGACAUUGCGGUGCCUGUGAUAUACUUCUGUGGAACUGUCGACGGGAAGAAUGUCACCGUCGAAUCGCGAAUCCCAGGUGUCUCGCUGGACGUUGCCUGGAGAUAUCUCACACCAGAGCAAAGGCAAAGUCUCAAAGUACAGUGUUGCAAUGUCAUUAAGAAUCUCCAGAUCGCCGACUCGUCGUCUGAUGAACCCUCCUACGUCUGCCGCGGAUUGAAUCACCAAACACUACCGGAAGCGCAACAACCGGAACGGGAUAUACUUUUCGAGGAGAACAAAAAGGGUGAAGAUUUCUGCUUUGUACAUAAUGAUAUGGUCCGAUCUAAUAUCGUUGUAAAAGACGAUAAGAUUGUUGGCAUCGUUGGCUGGAGACAAUGUGGCUACUUUGGUCUCGAUAGGGCUAGGAAUGUCCAUCGCGAGCUAAGAACGCCUGAAUCGUCUUACAUCACUGCCUCAGGUGAGGAUGAUGGUGAGAAGAAUUCCUGGGCUGACCUGUAUGAUUUGUUACGCGAGGACACUGGCAAAAAGGCUCUUACGAAUGGACAUGGCAACCCGACGCCCGAGGUGAAACUCGAGCCCUCCGCCUCUAGUCUGGAUGCAGUCCCCAGCGCUGCCAUGGACGGCGUAAAGCUUUCUAUAAGCCAGUUGGACGGCACAGAUUUUCCUGCCGAACAUCCUACUCCCAAGAAAGUGAACGAUUUGAAAAGGGGUUCAAUGUCAAGAGCCUCAUCAUCAGAACGUUCGUCCCCCGUUCCAGCUACCAAGGGCGGCACUGCUGCCAAAAGACCCACGGCAGCAUCAAGCAAGAAGGGCACGGCAACUCAAAAAGCCGCGCCUAAAAAGCGCAAGCUAAACACUCGGGACGGAGAAAGUGUUGAUGGCCGUUCUAACACCCCGGCCUCAUCGCGUGCGAGCAAGACGCCAGCGCCAAAAAAGCAGGGUUCCGCAUCGGCGGCAGGCUCGCCAGCUCCAGAAAACAAGAAGAAACGUUCGAAGAAAGCAGCUCCGGAGUCAGACGACGAAAGUGUCGAAGACGCGAACGAGGUCUUCUGUAUCUGCCGGCGACCAGAUAAUCAUACCUGGAUGAUCGGUUGUGAUGGAGGCUGCGAAGAUUGGUUUCAUGGAAAAUGUGUCAAUAUCGAUCCCAGAGAUGCAGACUUGAUUGACAAGUACAUUUGCCCCAAUUGCCAAGAGCAAGGAAAAGGAAACACCACAUGGAAGCCGAUGUGUCGCCUGCCAGAAUGUCGCAAGCCUGCUCGUAUCACCAAACAGGUCUUGAGCAAAUACUGCUGUGACGAUCAUGGCCGAGAGUUCAUGCGUCUUAAGACUCAACACCUCAACCUAGAUGGCGCCGCAUCCAACGAAGACGAUGACGAUGACAUGGACGCCGAUGUGAGGAAUGCAACGGAGGAACUCGGGAGCAGAGGGGGUAUUCUCACGGCACGCGAGUUGAAGGCAGCUAUAUCAGGAGUAUCCUCGGUGGAAGAGUUCCGAAGACUGGGCGAUCGAAUUGUGUCGCCUCCAGACGACAAUGUCAAGGAUGAAGGCGGCAAGAAGCUGGGUCUAGAUAUUGAUCCUAAGGACCUCACCUACACACCUGAUGAGGAGACAAAGAUCCAAAAACUACGGAAGCGAAGAGAUGAGCUUCUUCACCGCACAGAGAUGCUCCGAGCUCGUAACACCUUCCUAGGCUUAGUACGACAGAGGGGUAAAAACGUGCUGGAGCGGUUGAAGCAAGUAGACCCAAAGGGUGGCUGGAAGGACAUAUGUGGCUUCGACACGCGGCUGUCUUGGAGUGACGAGGAAUUCGACGAAUGGAGACUCUCCGAGGCCGGCCAAAAGGCUCUCAAGGAUGGCAAUCUGGAAGCCAUUCCUGCAAAGGAUGCAGAUGGGGAUACCCCGAUGGAAGACGCCUCGAACCAGGAGAAUGAAAUCGGCACGAUUUCUCGCGGUGUCUGUCUCAAGAAACGCUGCGAGCGACAUAAACAGUGGGUCAAAGUUCAGCAACAGGACAUUCAAUUCGAGGAAGCCAUGACCAUCCAAGAUCUUGCAAAAUGCGAGCAGGAGGCGCAGGCUGUCGUCGAAAGAGCCGUUCUUCGCAUGUGGGCUGAGAAAGAUGGCUCCGGAUAGACUGGCAAUGUCUCUGGUUUCUCUCACUUCCCUGCGAUGGGCGAAUCUUGCAGCAUGAUAUCUUUUUUUUUUUCUCUUAAUUUCCGCGCAUAAAAAACCCCUGCUGGCAUAUUCAUAAGUUUCGGGAAUAAGAUACCCCUCUGUUCUAGGGAAGGGCCGGGAUUGGAGUUGUUUCAUCGGUUAUCGUCCGCCUUUUGUUCGCCGGGGUUGUUUGCAGUCAUAUUCUAUUCUGAACUGCUAGGAAAAUGGCGCUUGAUAUCGACUAGUAAUUGCACACAUGCGUGA